GGGCGGGGUCAGCCUGCCAGACCAGCCCAGGGGCGUGGCAGCUACCAGAGCACCAUGGCAACCAGACCACAGCACUUUGACGCAAGACAGAAGCUCAACUCACCAAAAGUUGUAGACGCCCGUCAGAAGCUCCAAGCCAAGUCUCCAGUGGACGCUCGGGAAAAGUUACAGCAACAGAGACAACCAGUGGACGCACGGCAGAAACUGCAGCAGAAGAAGCAGGAGAAGCAGCUGGUUACCGUGACGAUAGGCGACGCCCGGGACAGGUUGCAGCAGGCCGCGCCCGUCGUUAAGGACGCACGACAGAUGCUGCAGCUGAAGAGGAAGUCAGGUGACCUGGGCGGGGAGGGGGGCGCCUCCACCAGCGUCAAACAGAAGAACGGCAACCUGACAAUGACGAUUCCAGGUCUUGGAAGUCCAAGUCCUUCAAAAAAGCUGAAGACAGAGCCAGCGGUCAGUGUGAAACCAGGAGGGAUGACCAUCACUAUGGUCAAUGACACAGCCAGGAAUCAGAAUCAGAGAAAACCUUUUUCACCACCUGUGGACACCCUGUCUACCCCUAAAACCAUCACCAUUGGUUCGCGCCAGCUCAAGGGGAUGACCAUUACCACACUGAACCCGGCUGCUAGGACUGCACCAUCACCACAAAAGUGGUCUGAACUGUCAGAAACAGAACUGGAAGUAGAGGGCACAGAUCUGCCCAGCUCCUCUGAUGGGAUGGGGUCCCCAGCAACAAGCUUGCGGUCGAUGCCUCCAGCUAAACUUGGGUCUGGCAGUAUCCUGGACUCCCCUGGCGGUCCUGUCAUCAAAAUCGUUAACGACAUGGCCGGGAGGACGAAACCUGUCAAGACGCGACCAGAACCCAGACUGGAAGACGCAGAGGAACUAGUUAUCACUAGAACAAACCCUGUUGCCGCAGUACCCAAACCCAAGCCGGCACCACCGGCACCUAAACCACCACCAGCUAAGGUGGAGGAGGAGGAGAGUGAAAAGGAAUUCACCAGUCCACUCCAGGGGACUAAGAUCACAGUGUCCAACUUGCAUCCUGUAGUGUCCGAAAACGAUGUUAUCGAACUUUUCAGUGACCUUGGUCCGCUGAAACGUGCUCGGCUGAUCAAGCAGGGCGUGGCGGAGGUCGUGUACGUGAAACGGGAGGACGCCAUCAACGCGUACAAAAAAUACCACAACAGGGACCUUGACAGCCAGCCCAUGAAGCUGACACUACACCUCCCAUCUAACCCCCCUCCCUCCACACCAACAUCUGCAGCACUGGAGCAUCUCAAGAUGCGAGCAGCCUCAUCCCCACCAGCUACCCAGAAGCCUCUAGAAAUCAACACAAUACACCGAGCGCUGUUCAAAUCCAGCGCCGCCUCAGACCCCGCAGUCCCUAACAAACCUGUCGUCUUUACUGUUAAGAUAUAGAUUGUUUCUCACGACUCCCCCUUCCGCUAAUGGUAUCAUCCAUGCUCUUGACACUUUUGGGGGAAGUUGGACCAAUCCAUCAUACAGAUAGGGAUGUUUUGACAAACCUAAAGGAAAAGAGUCUAUCGCCCUUGAAGAAAAUGCUAGGGACAUGCACACCCACACAACAUUUGACCACCCCUAUUUACAAGUGGUAUGACCUGGAUGUUUCUUUUGGACCAGUCCACUUUGGAAAUGGGUGUUGCAGAAGCCUUGCAGAGGUUUUGCAAGGACAGUCACUGUGGGAAAAUUUUGAACUCAGUACUGCUAUUCUUCAGUGGUAUACCCCAGGUACUGGGUCCAAGACUUAACAAUUUGAACAGAUCAUACAUAGAUAACAGAUAUGAUUCAGAAUGUUUUUCUGGUAGUUUGGGUAGAAUCUGUUUUUACCAUUCUUGGAAAAUGUUGAAAAGUGGAAAAAAACAUGGUGAAGUCUCUCAAAUUUAAAAUGUUUGUUUUCUCAUUUAAGAGAGAAAGUUGAGUACAGUAGAGGUAACUUUGGUGUGCUACAUACAUGUAUAUAGACACAUUCUGAACCUUUAGAAUCUAUAACAUCUGUAUCUGUAACCUGCUUACAAUGCAGAUGUAUUAAGACCAUUUAGAUGGUAGUUUAUAAUUGAGCUUGCUGAUACUCAGGAUCAUGUACAUACAUGAUAGUACAUUCUGUUCCUUCCUGCAUUUAUAGCAACAGUUAUCCAAGAUGGUUUACAACUUGUUUGUUUUGUAGUGUAAAUAUAGUAUCAUUCUGUAUUAUGUACAGCCAUUUUCUUUCUUUUUGUUGAAUAAAGUUAAUCAUUAUUAGGGUGUAAAGCUAAUGUCUGAAGUGAUUGUAACAAAUACAAAUUAACAUUCAGCAAUGAAUCCUUUAGAAUACAACAAACCAGCAUACUGUGGUUACCAUAUUUUUUCUGAUAAUUCUUAGGUUCCUGGCAACUUAUCAUUUACCCUUUGGUUUAAUUUCUUGCUUGUACUUCAGAGCAUAAGAAUUGCAUACUUAAGCCUUCUUUCUACCAAGGAAGACCUUUGGUGCUUUAUUUGUAUUUGGGUACAGGGUUAUGUAGCAGAAGAAAUGUUGGAAGAGUAGCUCAAUUUAUCUCAUCCAAUUUAAAAAUUUACUCUUUGGUUAAGUACUAGUAUAGUAGUUUUUCCCCUUCCUUCUCAAAAAAGCAUUGUGUUUGGGGAUAAGUGCAAGAGUUUUAGUCUUUAUGUACAUUUUGAGUUUAGUUGAGUUGACAUUAAAUGCCUGUACAUGUC